GGCGUCUCCGUUCUCUCUCUCUCUCACCUAAGGGGUUUUAUCGCGUACUCUUCAACAUUCUCCUUCAACCGAGUCUACUUCCUUUCAUAGUCGGCUCGAACCGUGCCGCCAUCAACGCGUCAAUCCUCCCUUCUUCGUUUUGAUAGUACAGCAUCGCUCGGAGAACUCAACUUGCUACCCGUUAUAUUCUUUUUUACAUUUCUCACCGCACCUCCGCUGUCCCACGAUGUCUCUCCCCGUCAUCGACAUCUCGCCGCUGUACAACGACAACAAGGAUGACUUGCUGCGCGUUGCCCACGCCAUCGACGACGCGUGCCGCACGUGGGGCUUCUUCUACAUCACCGGCCACGGCAUCCCCAAGGAGCGUGUCGCGAAGCUGACGGAGAUGGCGGACAGGUUCUUCGCCCUGCCGGAAGAAGAGAAGUUGAAGAUCGACAUUUCGAAGACGACGAACCACCGUGGCUACGGUACGUACGCGGCGGAGCAGCUGGACCCCAGCAAGCCGGGCGACUGGAAGGAGACCUUCGACAUGGGUUGCCACCUGCCGCUGGACCACCCCUCCGUGGUGGCCGGCCAGCCUCUCCGCGGCCCCAACAACCACCCGACCUCGAUUGAGGGCUGGACGGAGCUGAUGGAGCAGCACUACGCGGACAUGCAGAAGAUGGCGUUGCAGCUGCUGCGUGCGCUUGCUCUGGCGAUCGGCAUCGAUGAGGGCUUCUUCGUAUCGAAGUUCCACGAGCCGCUCAGCGUGUUCCGCAUGAUCCGCUACCCUGCGCUGCCGGACGAGAAGGGCCGCGUGGUGUGCGGCGCGCACACGGACUACGGCAUCGUGACGCUGCUGUACCAGGACAAGGCCGGCGGUCUGCAGGUACAGAACCUGAGCGGCGAGUGGAUGGAUGCGCCGCCGAUCGAGGGCAGCUACGUGGUGAACAUCGGCGAUAUGAUGUCGAUGUGGAGCAACGGGCGCUACAAGAGCACGCUGCACCGCGUUGUGAACCCCGGUGUGGAGCGCAUCUCGAUGCCGUUCUUCUGCGAGCCGAACCCCGAGACUGUGAUUUCGUGCCUGCCGAACUGCUUCGACGAGCAGCACCCCGCCCUCUUCCCCGACGUGAAGGCCGGCGAUUGGCUUCAGCAGCGCUUCAAGCGGACGUAUGCGUACCGUGCGGAGAUGUAG